UCACUCCCCAGUGAGCAUGCGCACACGCCUGAUGCAGCUCUCCCUCCACUUCCGGCGGAAACUCAUCCUCAGUGGGCGGAGCCACCACGGCCCUUUGAAUAUAAAAGCGUGUGGGUUGGCGCGCGCCUGCACUUCAGCCUUCCUGAGGCUGAGGUAGGAGGGUGGCUCUGAGCUCCAGGCCACCGGUCGAUACGUUGCAAUACCCUGUCUCCAAAAGCUCAGCAGCUCUGCACUGCUGGUACUGGAAGAGAGGUGUUCUCCUGGCUAAAGAUAUUAAACGUCCAAAGACUCCAGGGACCUCCAGGGCCGCCACUACUGUAGGAACCCAGGCUGCAGAGAGGUCACCUGCACCCCAGGAAGGUCAGGGAGCCCGAGCAGCCCAUCUGGUGGCCCGAUGGCAGUGGCAGCAGCCCUGGCACGGCUGCAGGCUGAGUCCAAGUGCGCCGUGUGCCUGGACGACCUGAAGGACCCUGUCACCAUCGAGUGCGGUCACAACUUCUGCCGCUUCUGCAUUCGGCAGACCUGGGCCGACCUGCAGGAGAAGUUCCCUUGCCCUGUGUGUCGAUUCCAGUGCCAGGAGGGCCACUUCCGGAGCAACACACAGCUGGGCCGCAUGGUGCAGAUCGCCCACAAGCUGCACAGUAGCCGGAGCAAGAGGAGGAGGUCGGAGAAGACCAACCUGUGUGAGAAGCACAACCAGGAGCUGACUUUGUUCUGCGAGGAGGACCUGGAGGUGCUGUGUCCCCAAUGUGUGGGGCCCCCUGAUCACCUCCGCCAUCACAUGAGCCCCCUGGGGGAGGCUGCAUCGCUCCACAGGUCGAGGCUGCACAGUCAUGCCAAGCUGCUCCGGAAGCAGGUGGCCAACACCCAGAAGCUGAUCAGUGCACAGAGCAAGGUGCCCCUGGAGCUUCGGGAGAAGGUGGAGGCCCGGAGGCAGCAGCUGGCCUCAGAGCUGGAGCUGCUGACCCAGUUCCUGGAGUGCAAUCAGCAGGCCACCUAGGAGCAGCUGGCCCAGGAGGAAGAGAUCCAGCAGCAGCUCAGCAACAACAUCACCGCCUUUGCCGGCCACGCAGCGUCACUCAAGAGUCUCCUGGACAGGGUGGUGAAACACAACGCGCUGUCCGAGGUGCAGCUGCUGUCCCAGAUCAAGCAUUUCUACCAAGGCUCUAACAGUGAGAUCAGCCCGCCCAUCUUCUCCAUUAACCUGCGGAGAGAAGCCUACUCCUUCCCUCCCCAGUACUCCGCCCUGCAGAGAGUCAUAAAGGAAUUUGGGGUCGACAUCAUCCUGGACCCUGAAACGGCCAGCCCCAACCUGUUCAUCUCCACUGACAGGAAAUGGGUGAGGUUUGCGAAGAAAAAGCGAAGCAGUUCUCGUCUGUCCAAAAAGCCUGGGGCCAACCCCGUUGUCCUGGGCUUCCCAGAUUUCUACUCCGGGAGGCAUUUUUGGCAGGUGGAGGUGGGGGAUGAGCCCCAGUGGGGCGUGGGUGUGUGCAGGGUUUCCAAGUCCUCCAAGGAGCUGCGCUCAGGGCAGGGCUGCUGGCGAGUCCAGCUUCAGGAGGGCGGCUACGAUGCCCCGGGGGCCUCGCCCUGCCCGCUGCAACUGGAUGUGCGUGACAGGACCCUGGGCGUCUUCCUGGACUACGAGCUGGGUGAGAUCUCCUUCUACGACAUGCCCUCGGGUGCACACCUCUGCACCUUCCAAGACUCCUUCACAGAGCCGCUGCGGCCCUACUUCUACCUCGGGCCCGAGGCCAAGCCGCUCAGGAUUAUCGGGAUGUGAAUGAGGGCUCCCCACAGGCAGAACCGUUUGGGCAGGUUUUUUUCCUCAAUCUCAGUGUACUUUUUUUGGUGAUGGUGGGGAUGGGACCCAGGGUCUGCAAGCUAAGCAUGGACUCUACUGGUGAGCUCCACUCCAGGCCCGACUCUGUAUUUUUUUUUUAAGUGUUUUUCUUAUCGUGAUGCUAGGGAUAAUGAAACAGGGAGUGCUGAACUACAUUUAAAAAACAUUUUUGUAUUUUGCAGUAAUGGGGCUUGAACACAGGGCCGUUGCACUGAGCCACAUCCCCAGCCCUUUCUGUUUUAGUUUUUGAAACAGGAUCUUGCUGAGUUUGCCCAGGCUGGGCCCGAAUCUGCAAUCCUGCCUCAGCCUCCCAAACACCUGGGAUUACAGGUGUGCAUCACCACACCAGCCAGAUUUCUUUUGAGUGGAAGGUUCACAGGCCAUUGUGUUGUGUGCUCAGACAUCCAAUCCCUCCAGUUUAUUAAGUCUCACCACUUGCAACUUCAUUUUGUUGCCACAGCUGUCUGGGGUGGGGUUCCGUCACCUGCCCUGACCUGGCACAUGGCUGGCUUGGAGGGUGACCUUGCAAGGCUUUCCCACUCCACAAAGGUGGGAUGGUGCUGUCCCUGACUCAGCUGUCUGCAGAGAGCAGCAUGUGGCCUCAGUCUUGGCACAUCACAUCCCAGAGGGCUGCACACCAUCAAGAGGGUGAGCUUUUCUUUUUUCCUUUUUUUUGGAGACAGGUAGGAUAUCACUAAAUCACUUAAAUUGCCCGUGCUGGGCUUGAAUUUGUGAUCUUCCUGACUUGUCCUCCCAGAGUGUUGGGAUUUGGGCUUAUGGCACCUUACCUGGCAAAGUGAGCAUUUUUGACUGGUAUUGUAUCAGCUGUGGAUUGUUUUUUUUUUUUGGUCUUUUGUUUUUUGAGGCAGUCUCUCUCAGUUCAAGCUGGCCCUGAACUCACUGUAGUUCAGGCUGGCCUCAAAUGUGUGAACUUUAUGUAAUCCUCCUGCCUCAGCCUCCCGAGUGCUGGGAUUACAGGUGUCUGCCACCAUGCCCGGCUCUGUGGACAGUAUUUUUUUCUGUUACUCCCCGAAUCUAUUUGUGGUAGCAGCAGCACUCAGCACAAGAGCUUGCCUAGAAACUUUGUUCUAUAUAUUUAGGUGGAGGUAGCUGGGUCGGGGACUUGGCUCAAUGGUUCCGGCGCUUGCCCCGAAAACACAAGGUCCCGAGUUCAAUCCUUGGUACAAAAAAAAAAGAUGUAUAUAUGGAGGUAGCUAUGCCAGAAACAAAGCCAGGACUCCUGCAUGCUAGGCAAGUGCUCUGCCAUUGAGCUACAUGCCUGCCAGGGGCCUUGUCUGUGUA